UCACAAUAGGCCGCGUUUUACAUGGAUCCUACUCGAGAAGUAUCGGGCAGGUCGAGGAAAAAGAAAAAAUCCAAAAAUGUGUUUUCGAAAGUUAUGGGCCUAUUCCAGCAACCCAAAUCACAUAAAGCUAAAGCACGUGUAAGCAAAACAGAGUACAACGAAUGUGACGAAGAAGUGUAUCAUCAAAUAGAAGAUGUUCAACAAAACGAAAGUCCAAACAUGGGUCCAUUAGUCCAUGAAGAGAUUGCAACACCGACAUUAUUACUGAUUCCAGACAAAGAAAGACGAUUACUACCACAGCUUCCUACUGAAGAUGAUGGGACUAAAACACUUACAGAAACAAAAAACAGUCUGCAAUUACUACAGAUUCGAAAUAAAGAAACUGACAAAAGCGAAACGCCAGCUAUCCCACCAAGUCGAGUAUCUUUAACACGGGAUUUUUAUCCAGAAAAUCAAAUGGGUGCAUUAGCAGACGCCGAUAGAUAUGAUCAUAUCAUGUUUGAAGAAAACUCUAGGAAACAAAACGAUGACACACGUAUGCAACGCGAUACAAUAGAGAAUGAUGAAUAUUAUAAUUCAUGUUGGCUAAAGAAAGAUACACAAGAUUUACAAGGACCACAGGAAAGUUCCAAAAAAGAAGGUAUGACAUCUACAAAAGAGCAAGUCUACACUUCCAAUCCAGAAGAAUACCAGUCUACAAAAGACAUCAGUAUUUUUAAAAUUUCUAAGGACGACAUGAAUAUUGCACUAAAAGAUAUAGCCUGUUCGAGAUAUGAUCGUGAAUUGAUAUACUUCGACAAACUAGAGGCUAAAGCAAAACCACGUCUCAAACUCUGUACUACAGCAGAUUUGACAUUUAUUUCAAAAGAAGAUCUAAGGGAAUUGAUAAUUGCUCAAGCUAAAUGUACAGUGUCUAUUAACGUUGAAUAUACAAGUCCAAGGAGGCCUGAUUUAUAUCCGGGGAGCGAUAUUUCAUACCCACAUUACAAUUACAGAGGAAAGAGUUGUUCAAGAAGAGGAUCUGGGAUCUUGAAGAGAGUGAUCUGGUACAGAGAUUCCGAUAAUAUUUCAUGCCAAUGUCAGAAAUGUAGCAAUGGAACUUAUGUUACUAACAGCUGGGGAGAAAUAGAAAUAUUAACAGCGACACAUCUUGUGUUCGACGACAGCGAGGCGAAGUAUGCGACUUGUAUUUUGGACUGUGAUAGUCCCGACUGUUUAGGUGAAAUUAUUAGAGGUUGCACAGCUGAGGCAAGUAUUAUAGGUGAUGGUUGUCUGCUAAGAUGUUAUAGUCAUGACUCGUGGUUAUUGGAGAAGCUUGAGAAACGAUGCCGCAUUUAUCAAAAACUAUGCAUCAGACUAAAUGCAAAUUUUAACAAGCUCAGAAAUUUCAUUGUGACUGUAGUGCAUCAGUCAGAGGGUAAGAAACAAGUGUAUGUUGGAGAAAAUCCGCAUAUAUGGAAUUCGCAUAAUUAUAACUCUGCCCAAUUUUAUAAUGCAAUACACACAUCUACGAAUUUCACCGAUGCGUCAGUUUACAUCCUUGAAAAGGAGUUACCCGAGUCAUUCAAAAACAGUUCAGAGUAUGACGUUAUAAAAACACAGUUAUCAAGUCAAUGUGAAACGUUCAAUGGAAAAGCUGUUCUUAAAUCCGAUCUUUUUACAGGGCCAGGUAAUUUUGAGAUGCAUACCGACGCUGAAGCAGUGGUGGAUUUGCAGUGGGCUCAGUGUAAAAAAAACCCAAAUCACACGCACUUCACACCCAUUCGAGAAAUGAAACUGGAGCACAUCCCAUUGAAAAUGGAAGACUUGCUUUUUAGUUUGAUCAAGUCAUUCACAAGUCUGACAGUGAAAGUUAUCCUUUUUGAUAAGAUGAAGAAUGAAAUAAAUUCAGGGUCAGGCAUGAUUUACCAGGUAGAAACUUUUGCACCUUCGGACAACAAAGUAUGUACUUGUCAUUGCUGCACGUAUUCAACUUCGGCAUUGAAAGAAUGGGCGUUAAUAGAGGUGAAAACAACAUCACAGUUUGUGGAAUGUGUACAUGGACUAUUAGAAUCGCUUAAGAAAUGGGACUCGUUGUUUAUAAUGAUGGAUGACUUGAAAAUGGAGAUUGUUGAAGUGAAAUCUGUCAAUGUGCUGCAGUGUGUCACUCACGACAUGUCUAACGCUCAAAAGCUAAAAGGAUUUUUAAGACACCAUGAGAGAAUGAAACAGAACUUAGUCGACGAUCUGAACUUAACCGUCAUUGUGUCACAUCCGCAUGGUUGCUCCAAGCAAGUAACCUUUGGAAAAAUGAAGCACCAAAUAGCAAUGAGUGGCCAUAAACAGAACGUUGCCAGAUGGAGAGAUGAGUACCACUGGGUCAAAUACAUCUACGAGACACCAACCUGCCCAGGCAGUAGCGGGGCUUAUGUGUAUAAACUAGGGGAUGAGUUUGGCGCUCGUGUGCACAGCGGAACAUACAAUUUCAUUAACUAUGCUGGCGAAUACGUAGCUCUUGCAAAUAUGUAGAGAAAUAUUUUUGCAUAAAUGUUUUGCUGACUGUCAACAGUUGGACUAUGUAAAUUGAAAUGGGGGAAUUCGCUAGUAUGGGAAUUAGGAUUGGCAAGUGUUAACAAUUGUUAACUAAGCGGAUACUUUUUUAAAAUAAUUAAUAUUUAUUUACUCAAAUGUAAUCAU